AUGAGUAAAUUGUCAAUUUAAGUUGAUUACUAAUUUAUAAAAUUGGGCAUACUCACAAAAAUGAAAGAUUUAACCUAUCCAUAUUAUGAAGUAACAAAUGAGUAUAGAAAUUAUCAGUUUAAAAUUUAGCAUAAUAAGUUUAAAGAUGUAAAUUAUUAGUUUUAAUCAUGUAUUAGUUCAUUGUGAAUGAACUAAAAGAAGUAAAAAAUUAUUUAGAUAAAGAAAACCCUUUAAAUAAUGAAGUUUCGGUAUGUGGAUAUGGAUUAUAAGAUUAAGAGGAGUUUACGUAUUAUUCAGAUAUAUUUGAAAAAUAAUUGGAUUUAAAAUUGAUAAAAUAAAGGAGUGUUCAUAAUUCAAUAAAGGCAAUUGAGUAUUUAAUAAACAACAAAGAAGGAGCAUUUUAUAAAUUUACAAACUUAGUAAAUUUACGAGAAAUUCAUAUAUUAAAAUAAGGUUAUGAAAUAGAGAAAGUAAUUUGCGCAAGUCCAAGUUAUCCAUAUCUUUAUUUAAAUGUAAAUAAAAGCGUGUCUUUUUACAGAGUACAAGCAGUAAACUAAUUUGUGAAAUUAAAUGGUUCUCUAAUAACUGAUACAACAAUUGAGAAAAUAUUUUAAUUGAUUGGGUUAGAUGGAGAUAUAAAUGAAUAACUAAUGCUGGCAUUCAAGGAUGGAAAUAACCUAAAUGCUGAUAUGACAGUAGAAGAUAUAUAUGGUAAGAGUUACUCAUCUUUGGGUUUAUCAAAAGAUAUUAUAGCUGCAUCUAUGGGUAAAUUGUAAACCAAAGAGCCUACAUCUGUAAAUGUUCUUGAUGUUGUAAAAAGUUUAUGGUUUAUGUUUGCUAUAAAUCUUGGUUAGUUGGCAGCAUUAAAUGCAUAAUUAGAGGAAUUGACAACAAUUAUAGUGGGUUCUAGCAAAAUAACAUUUGAGCCAUUUUUGCUAUCUCUUUAAUCAGUUUUAACUUUUUUUGGUGCUGGCAAACUUAAUAUAAUUUAUAUAGAAAACAUGGAAUUUCUGACUUGCUUGAGUGUUUGA